AUGGCUGGCCCCAAGCCGAGGGCCACACCAGCUACCGUCGUCGAGGUAGCUGACGAAGGCGGUGUAGUGAUCCUCAGCGAUGACCCAGUCAACAGUCUGACUGUUGACGGCCUGCCCAUGGGGGUUCUGAAGGAUGCCAACAAACAGACUGCGGCCCAAAUCGUCGAGAUGUUCAAGGAGAAGGCUCCCGGCACGCCCCGCGAGGUGCACGACAACAUCCUCAGUCCCCUGAAGGAGGGCGCUUUUCACCACAACAAGAGUUCUCGAACUAAGCCAUCGGAUUUAAAUUUCCCUCUGGCUGAAAAGAUGUGGGACAAGCAGGUCAGGGGACCUUGGUGGUACAACAUCACCUACGAGAAUUGGUUCGUUCUCGUAGGCAUCUACGGACUCGGAAAACUCAAUGCCAGCGCCGCCGGAGCGGCUAUCAGAGGUUCUGUCCAGAGACGCUACGGGGGCGACAUUGGCACUGAUCUUACCUGGCGAAACCACCUAGUUGACCAGGGACAGCAUGCACGACACCUCCUGAUCCAACUGGCAACAAGAUUCGGUAAACUGCAGCGGACUAUAGAUAAACAGCAGGAGACUGUAUAUCAACAGCAGAAGACCAUACAGAAACUUGUAGAGGAACGGCAGCAAGGCCUUACUGGUCACAACCAAGAUGCCUCGCAGACUGUCGAUUACGACGAGGAAAUGGAGAAAUGGGCCCGCUACUACGGCUACGGAGACGAAGACGAAGACUAA